AUGACGGUGUCUGUGAAGCGGAUAGCGAUUCUCGUGCUCACCCUUUUCGCGCUUGCUCUUGCUGAUUCAGAUAUGGACAUGGAUGAAGAAAGGCCUGAAUUUCAUCCCAUAAAUGCCGGAUCAAAAACAUUUCAUUGGAUCUUAACAUUAUUUGUCUUAUUGAUACUACCUUCGAUCAGUACUUCCUUGGCAUUUGCCAAUAGACUACAUUGGUCUUUACUCUUGCAAUAUAUUUCCACAGCAUAUUCCGUUUUCGAAUCGUUAUUUUUGGAUUUUCCGGAUAAUAAAGACAAUCACGAAAAUAGAACUUCAAAAGGUACAAGUUGGUUUUUGAGUAUAUUAUUGGGAACUACGAUUUUUUUAGGAACGCUUAUCAAUGGAAGUAAUCUCAUCAUUAACAAGUUCUACCCACACUUGUCGAAGCAUUACAAUGAGUAUGGUUUGUCCUACAAGGUUUACAAAAUAUCGUCGUUGCUUUGCCUCUUGACGGGGUGGGUAAGAGUGUGUAUGGCACCAAUUGCUUUAUUUGGAUUCUGCUAUGGCAUUCACACAGGACAAUGCAUAGCUCAUGGAAUCAUGGGCUCAGCUUUUAUCAUGUAUUCAUUUGUAUUAUCAGUGGUGCUUGUUGUUCCUUGGAUUCGUAAACAUCAAUUGCACAACAAUAGCCCAUCAUUGAAGUCACAGGAAUUUUACGACUCAACCGUGAUGAUGUUGUGGGGAAUUGUCAAUACAUUUACAGAACAUCGUUGGGGAAGAGAAGCAUGGAAUAUGGGUGAUUAUCAACACACUGCCAUGGGUAUAAUUUGGUGGGGUGGGGGAUUACUAGGGAUGUAUUUGUCAAGAAACAACCAAAGAUCAUUUGUGCCUGCCUUGUUGUUGAUCUUCACUGGUUGGUCAAUGAGUCAACAUUCACAACAUUUGGAGAUUUCAACCAAGGUACAUUCUUUAUUCGGAAUUGCAUUGAUGGGUGCGGGAGCAGCCAGAGUCAUUGAAACCGCAUUUUUAUUAAGAGAUAAAGCUUGUAGCGAACUGGGAAGGAUACUUACGUUUCAAUACUUGCCUCCAUUUGGGUUAACCUUGUCAGGUAUUUUAUUUAUGGGAGCUACCGAGGAACAAUUACAGUUAGUACAUGAUUUAGGAUCCGACCAUUCUGCAUACAUCUUGGUGGUUUCUGCUGCUGCAUUUCUAAUCUUCCUUUGGAUCCAGUUGUGCAUUUGGUUGUACCUUAGGUUAGUUGGUUACGAUGAAAAUGGUGAGCUUAGCAAGCAAUAUGCACCGAUAAAUGUCGAGGAGUUUGAGUUGGGAGAUGUAAGCGGAGAUGAAGAGGAAGAGGAUACACCACCGGAGGAGUUUAGAGAUAGUAGAUAG